AUGGCCGACAUUGACACGGGCAGCAAAGCGCCCUCGGUAGGCAGAGACUCUAAGGCGUUCCCCCACGCCCAAGACGAUGUCUCCCUCCACUCGGCCGACAAUCUCAGCGCCAUCCUCCCCGAAGGCCAAGUCGACCCGGUCUACGAGAAGAAAGCAAAGCUUCUCAACCGCGCCAUCCAAGACAUCGGCAUGGGCUGGUACCAAUGGCAGCUCAGCGCCGUCAUCUCCUUCGGUUGGGCCUCGGACAACCUCUGGCCGAUCGUGACCUCACUGAUCUUCACGCCGGUGAAGAACGAGUUCGGCCCCGCGCGCCCCCCCCUGCUCACGCUCAGCCAGAACAUCGGCCUGCUCGCGGGCGCGCUGUUCUGGGGCUUCGGGUGCGACGUGUUCGGGCGCAAGUGGGCUUUUAACCUGACGUUGGGUAUCACGGCGGUGUUUGGCAUGGCGGCGGCCGGGUCGCCGAGUUUUGCGGCGGUGGGCGUGUUCGCGGCGCUGUGGUCGUUUGGGGUGGGUGGGAAUCUGCCGGUGGAUUCGGCAAUUUAUCUCGAGUUUUUGCCAGCCUCGCAUCAGUAUUUGUUGACGGUGCUGUCGGUGGCGUGGGCGAUUGCGCAGGUGGUGGCGACGCUGGUGGCGUGGCCGUUGUUGGGGAACUUGACGUGUCAGGAGACGGAUGCGGAUUGUAGGCGGGAGGAGAAUAUGGGGUGGCGGUGGUUGUUGAUCACGAUGGGCGGGCUCACGGUGGUGAUGUUUGUUAUUCGGUUUUGGCUGUUUACGAUUUAUGAGUCGCCCAAGUAUCUGAUGGGGAAGGGGCGGGACGAGGACGCGGUGCGGAUCGUGCACGAGGUUGCGAAGCGGAAUGGGAAGGAGACUAAGUUGACACUGGAGGAUUUGAGGGCUUGCGAGCCGGAGGGGUACGUGCGCCAGGCAAAGGCCGCCGAGGCAGUCAAGCGCAAGCUUGAGGAUGUCAAUCUCGACAGGAUAAAGGCGCUGUUCGCAACGAAGAAGCUUGCGUUAUCGACGGGGUUGAUCAUGGCUGUCUGGGCGUUCAUCGGGCUAGGGCCUCGCGUGGUGCGGAUUUUGGAGACGGUUCGACAUAGUAGGUUACAUCCGGCGGCUCCUGAUCUCCUCGAUAUCCUCCUCGGGGGAGCACUGGCUGACAUGUCCUCAAGUCUCACGUACCGGAACUCACUGAUCAUCGCCGUGGUCGGUAUCCCUGGAGCGAUACUCGGUGGAUUCUUGGUUGAACUGCCGAACUUUGGACGCAAGGGCACACUCGCGGUCUCGACCAUCUUGACUGGCGUGUUCCUGUACGCGUCGACGACGGCGCUCAACUCGGCGGCCCUCUUGGGUUGGAACUGCGCUUUCAACUUCACUUCGAACGUCAUGUACGCCGUGCUGUACGGAUUCACUCCGGAGCUUUUCCCGACGCCGCAGCGGGGGACGGGGAACGCCCUCACUGCGACCUGCAACCGCAUUUUUGGUAUUAUGGCGCCCAUCGUGGCCAUGUUUGCCGACCUUCAGACUGCGGCGCCGGUGUACACCAGCGGGGCAUUGUUCAUUGCUGCUGGUCUGUUGGUUGUUGUAUUGCCGUUUGAAUCGAGGGGGAAGGCAGCCUUGUGA